AUGGGAGUCACAGCUCUCAUAGCAACUAUCCUUGAAGAAAACAAGAUUGCAGUAGCAUUCCUUGCUCUACUCGCGUAUCCUAUAUCAAGUGCUAUCUACAAUAUCUAUUUCCACCCUCUCGCGAAAUUCCCAGGUCCUAAACUUUGGACCGCUUCGCGACUCCCCUUCAUAUACUACCUUCUCACAGGACAGCUCGUGAAGAAAGUGAAAGAAUUCCACGACAUCUAUGGAGAAUUCUACCGUCUCGCGCCGGAUGAAGUAUCAUUUGCCAGCGAGCAAGCUUGGAACGAUAUAUACACUUUUCGUCGCGGACACAAGCGUGCUUUGAGAGACAAGAUCAGAGAAGCUGCCGAGAAGCCCGAGAACUCGACUAGAGGUGCUCGAAUCAAUAUUACAGACUGGUUGAACUUUUUCACCAUGGACAUCAUCGGAGAUUUGGCAUUUGGAGCACCCUAUCUCAAGGGGAUGUCCAUCACUGCAGCUCCUCGGUUCUACCCUACGAUGGAAUUUCUGUUUCAGAAAUUAAUUCCGAAAAGAAUCAUGGAGAAACAGAGGCAGCAUAGUGCGUAUGCGGAAAAGAUGAUCAAUCGUCGCUUAGAUACAAAAGGUGAUCGUCCGGAUUUUAUGACUCCUUUCAUGAGAAACAAUGUCAAUUUUGAAAAUAUGUCCCGCGAAGAGAUCGUAUCCACGUUUAAUUUCAUCAUCGUGGGUGGUUCUGAAACUUCGGCAGCAGUGAUGACUGGUAUCUUCAACCACUUCACCAAAAAGAAAAACAAGCGAAUCCUUGACCGACUUUGUAAUGACAUUAGAACAAAGUUCAGGGAGGAGAAGGAAAUCACUUUGGAUGCGAUCCAAAGCACUCCUAUCCCUUAUUUGGAAGCUGUAAUUAACGAGGGCUUGAGAAUAUGCAAUUCAAUUCCUAGUGGACUGCCGCGUGUAGUCCCUGAAGGCGGGGACGAAUAUUGUGAUCCAGACGAAUUUGUUCCUGAACGCUGGCUACCGAAAGACCAACAACCGAAAAAAUAUGCAAAUGAUCAGCUCUCGGCUAGCAAAACUUUUAGUGUGGGAUUCCAUAGCUGUCUUGGAAGACCGCUUGCAUGGGCAGAGAUCCGUCUCGCAGUCACUAGACUCUUGUGGACAUUUAAUUUUUCAGUUGAUGCGGAGGACGAAGUAGAUUUUGAUGAGUUUCCGGUGAUAAUGAUCAUUCAAAGAGCACCUAUGAACUUGAGAGCCAAGAUCAGGCCUGGAAUCUAG